AUGGCUACCACCUCCAGCUGGGCCUCCCUCGAGGCGCGCUACGGAAAACUCUUCCGGACGCUCACCUGGGUCGCCUUCAUCCCUGCCCUCCCCAUGCUCCUGGCUCACGGCCUCAUGUCCAAGCGCGCCUUUCCCGUCACCGGCCUCCUUCCGCAGUCCCUCUCCACCGUCGCAGGCAUAUGGCUCCUCCGCCGCCAGAGCAAGAAGACGCGCCAAGGGUCCACCGGGCAAGACGACGGCGACAUCAUGAGCUCCGUCGAAGACGCCGUCGAGAGCGGCAUGCACGAGCUUGAUUCCGUCGGCGAGAAGCUCACGCAUCCCUUUCUCGUAUUCGCGUUUGACAUUGCGAUUGCCACCGGCAUUAUGGUUGUCUUGGUGUAUACGUGGAGGUCAUCGAGCAACUCGGCUGCGCUUAGCAUGCUUGCUGCUUAUGCAACGAUUCCCCUGAUUCUGAGCUUCAUCUCGCAUGUGGCCCUCGCUUUCGCCGCGCUCUGGGACGGUCUUGCCAUCCACGGCCACAUAAAAUGGGCUGCAUCGCGGGCCAUUGACUCGGACUGCCCCAACUGCAGCCACGGCCUUUGGCCUGAGCGUCCUACGAUGCCCUGGUCGCAAUACAUUAAAAAGCAGACGCCAGCCUCUUAUGCCUCCGUCUUUGCAGAUGGCGCAGAGUCAUAUCACUCGGAAGAUGACGACGACCAUGUAACUCCAAGUUAUGCUAUCGAGCCCGAGACUGUCGACAUUCGACCCAAGAAGAUAACAAACAAGGCUCUGACGCCUGUCAAUGAGACUACGGCUCUUUUGGAGUGA